CCUCGCUCAGCUGGGGAAGGACGGGUCCAUGAUGGCGGCGCCGGAGGAGCGGCUCCUCUCGGACGGGGAAGGCGGUGCCCUGGGCUCGGCGCGGCUCUCCCCACCCCCGGCCUCUGAGUCUCCCGAGGCCUUGGCGUCCUUGGAGCCGCCGCCUCAGAGCAACACGCUGAUGGGGCUGCCCAUCGUGGCCAUCGAGACCAUCCUCAGCUUCCUGUCCUACGAUGAGACGAGCCAGCUGCGGCUGGUUUGUAAGCGAAUGGACUUGGUUUGCCAGCGAAUGUUAAAUCAGGGAUUUCUGAAAGUGGAAAGAUACCACAACCUGUGUCAAAAGCAAGUUAAAGCUCAGCUUCCAAGACGAGAGUCAGAAAGGAGAAAUCAUUCAUUAGCUCGUCAUGCAGACAUCCUUGCUGCUGUAGAAACGAGACUCUCUCUGUUAAAUAUGACUUUCAUGAAGUAUGUGGAUUCCAAUCUCUGCUGCUUCAUACCUGGAAAGGUAAUAGAUGAAAUUUAUCGUGUGCUAAGGUAUGUAAACUCUACAAGAGCUCCUCAGAGAGCUCAUGAAGUUCUUCAAGAACUAAGGGACAUUUCCUCCAUGGCUAUGGAAUAUUUUGAUGAGAAGAUUGUUCCAAUACUGAAAAGAAAGAUGCCCGGGUCAGAUGUAUCAGGACGUCUUAUAGGAGCUGCCCCAGGUCCAGGGCCUUCUGCAGCACUGACAACAAUGCAGCUGUUCUCCAAGCAGAACUUUUCGAGACAGGAAGUCACAAAACUCCAGCAGCAAGUAAAAGCAAAUGGCACAGGCAUGACAGCGCUAAAGAGGGAAAUCUCAGAGCUUCGCCUCAAAGUGCAAGAGCAACAGAAACAACUCCAAGAUCAAGAUCAGAAACUGCUAGAGCAAACCCAAAUCAUAGGUGAACAGAAUGCCCGGUUGGCUGAGCUUGAACGGAAGCUGCGAGAGGUGGUGGAGAGUACAGUAGGAAAUUCUUCAGGUUCUGGCUCAAAUGAACAAUCUUCUAGAAAACGGAGAAAGGUGGUUGAACCCACAGACUGUCCUAGGAAAUCACGCCGCCUCCAAAACAGAAAAUAACUUGGGAGAAAGUGACACCUUCAGGAGGAUACACUGCUUUAGUAGCCCAAGCAGGUCUGCUUGUUUGGAUACUGUGACUAGCUUCAUGGUGUCACUUAGGCUGCUGGCUCUUCAAAACACCACUUAGACUGAAACAGUAAUUUUCUUUCAUUGAGACUUUUCCCCUGCUUUAUGUAUGGGUGGGCCUAACGCACAGAAUCUUUAAGAUUUGCAAUAGUUACAUACUAACCAGACCUGCUCUGUUAUGUUUUGAAGGGUUAAUCUUUUUUUCUGUGCAGAUGUGUUUAAAGUAAACUUAUUUGUGUUUAUGCAUAUGUUCACAUAAAAUCUUAAAUAAAUUCAGUCUUAACUGACUAAAAAGUUAAGUAUAAAAGCAAAAGUCCUGUUCACUUGAAGAAGGAAAGAUCCACUUUUAAAAUCUUGUUUUAGAGAACUUGAUGUUUUUUGUUACAAGUGACCUUGUCUGGAAUGUCUGAAAAGUAGUUAAUACUUUUCGGAGAUCUCUGUAAUGAGUAAAACUGACUUCUUAAGGUACAGUAUUGGCUAUAUAUUUUUGUAAACUUACAAGGAAGGGCCUUCUAUCCAGUCGUCACAUGCACACACCCUGGUUGUAGGUCUUGGGAGCCAUACUCUACAUUUGCAUGGAUAGGUGCAUGUACAGCUUGGUCAGCUUGCCAAAAGCACUUGCCUGAAAUUGUUCUUAACUCUGGAAGAGAAUACAGAGACCUAUAAAGCAAUUUCUUUGCUCCUCAGCCAUAACUUAGCAUCUGCUUUCAGCACAACUGCUUUCUGACAAUGAGGUGGUCUUCUGAAGCUGUUGCAGGAGAUUUUGAACCCAGGCUAUCUGCCACUUUCACUAAUUGUAAGUUGCAGAUAUUGUUAGCCAAAGCUGGAGAAUUGAGAAGCUGCCUAUGCAUCACUUGAUUCAUAGGCCAACAUCUAAUGGGUAUCAGACAAAUUGUCCCUACGAUAACCACGCUUAUGGGAACACGAUUUGAAUGAAAUGCUGUAUUAUGGAAAAACUUAAAACUAUUUUGUGUGUAUGUGUUGAGGGUGGGGUGGGAUGGAAGUUUCUCUGUAACGCUGAUGACAAUAUUCUAAGCUUUCCUUAUCCUAAAAGUUAAAUCUCAUCAGACAAAGCUUUAAUUCCUUUUGCACUUCUGUUUUGAGCUUGUAACUGGAAAGGCAUGUCUUGCACUGUUCAAUCUCUGGUUACUUUUAACAGCCUCAGAGUUGUGUACAGUGAAUUUUUUUCCCCCCAUCUGUAUAUUUUUGGAACCCAAUACAGAUACCAUUGUCCUUGGUUUUGGUUUUAAUGUACUAAACUAUGUAGCUUUAUCAUUAGACUUAUGUUUUCUUUUUUUUUUCAUCAGCUGCUGCUUUGGAUUUAGGUAGUACUGAAUUCACACUUUGUAUGGCACUGAAAAUGCAAAUCCUGCAUUUGUAGCUGUUCAAAAUCUUUAUAUUAUUACCAUUGGUUAAAGCGCAAGUAACUUACUUUUUGUAUGGCUGUCAGCAUAACAUAGUGGUUGUGUUUAAAUCGCCAAACAAAUCAGAAAUUGUCUGGUCAAAUGUUAUAUAAUUGAGAGAAAACUGACAUUUUUUCUGAACCUUCAGCUAGACUUUUUACUUCUAAAACAUACUAGCUCAUAUCAGAAGUAACACUGCAAAUGCCUAAUUUUUGGCAGACAUUUAAAUUUUCAAAUAAACUUGUUGGGUAGUUUGAGUCUUUUUUUAAAAGAAUUGUUUCUUAAGAAAAGCACCAAGGAAGUGAUAACAGGUUAUCUGGGGAAAAGGUUAAUGUUAAAGGAGCAUUUCCUGUUACUGGUCUUCCAUGGCACAGAAUUUUUCCUGUUAAAGAUCUCAUUGAGAUAGAUAUCUGCUGUUCAGUUUAAAAAUACUGGCAUAUACUUUAUCUUUUAACAAAUAAUGUUGAAUCAAAGAGUCAGCAUGAGAGCUAUAAUUACUGUGUAUACUUUGAUACAAAGUCAUUUAAUAUCAUUCAUUAAAUUCAUAAUGUCAUAAAUUAGUGUCAUAAAUUAAUUUGUCAUUCAUGAUGACAAAUUCCUGUAAUGGUCUAUUUACCAGAUAUUUGUGGUUAAAUACUUCUAAACAAGUAUAAACGUCUGAAAAGGCUUGUCAAAAAGAUUUCUUCAUACGUCUUUUAGUAGCUUUCACUUCAGUUUAUUCUAGAAGAUGCAAACAAUUUUUCCCCCUUCACAGUAUACAAAAGUUUGAGGUUAUUUGAGAGUACAGUUUGUGUAUACAUUGGCAAAUCUCUAGUUCUGCGUAACUAGGCUGGAAAGAAUAACAGCCUGUUGUUACAUGAAAUAUUCUCUGGGGAUGGUGCCAACUUGGAACCUUCAACUCAAGGAAUUAUGAUGUGCUGAAGGUUUGCAGGUGCAUCCUGAUCCUCUGUGUGCUACCAACUAUAGUAAAAUGGAACAAGGCCCAUCCGGCUUAAGAGGAAGUGGGGAUAGUUAGAAGCAGGCUUUGAGAAAUACUACAACUAAGGUCUGCCAGUGUUUUGUUUUCAUUUCCUGGGGUACGAGGGAAACGUUGGUAUCAGAUGGCUCUCAGACUGGAAUAUACACCAGUGGUAGAGAUGGAACAUAGAAAACAGAAUGAACUAAUAGUGUAGAGAAGAUAGCUGGAACAUUAACUUCUGACAGUGUAUUGUCCCUUAUUAAGUAAAAAGAUGUAUUUUGCUAUAUGUGAAGAAGUUGAUAAAUAGGCUGAAGUAAACCGAAAUGACUUCUGACUAUAAAUUACUUUGCAAGUUUACAUGAGUUGGUACAUCAGCCUUUGAAAGUACAAUGUUUGUAGCAGUGUAUGAUUGAUCUGUGCAGGGGAGAACCUCAGACUAGUGAGACUAAGGUGUAGUUUUACAAAGUCACAUGAAAAUUUUUUUUUUGUUUGCAGCCAGUGUUCAGUUCUGGUACUUGUAGCAAAGGGCUGAAACAGUUGGGGCUCAGGGUUGAAAAAGAAAGCAAUACUAUCUGUUAGUUUCUUAAAAUAGCUUAAACCUGCUAAGGCUGGCUUUCCUUUUCAAGCCUGCUUUCUAAAAACAGCACUUUGCUUUGUAAACUGCUUUUUGUUUCAUGGUAGGGUGGGGAUAUUUUAGAAAGUUGUGUAUCUAGUGAAUAUGGCAAAAUGGUAUCAGAAAAUACCACAGUGGUGCUUUUUUUGGGGGGAAAAGAUGUUUGCAACCAGGCCUAGCUCUCCAAAUUACACGAACAACUACAUGUAAAAGCAGUACACAAGCACCUUCUAAACAAGGGCUAAUGGAUCUAGUAGGUGGAAGCCCAGAAGGAAGAAAGACUACCUACUUAAAAAGAUAAAAUUCUCAGAUUAAAGAACAAAUAGGAACAAAUUUUAACUUCUUCAAUCCCUGACACUUUCUCAGCAUGGCACAUUAUGUUAACCACAAUAGCUCAUUAAUGUUAUGAGGAUGCUUUCACAUAAUUUCUUAACAUAAAAGGUAAGACUGCAUUCAACAGAAACUUAGUUGCUCUUACUGAGAUCUAACAGUUAAUUGUGAGUGGCACUAAAGAUCGCCUAAGGAAUUUUCAACAUCAGAGCUGCUUGAAAAUAGGAUGACAUAGGCUAUAGUUAAAUAUGUCUUCAGACAGAAGACUAGUUGUUUUGGUGUUCCUGGUGGUUUUGAGAAGGUAACUGGAAAAUUACAGUGAUAGAUUGUUAUUUCAUUCGUAAGCAAGUUCAGUUUAAAGUAUUUUAUAGCAAUGUGUCUGCUAGCUGUGAACUAUUCUGACACACUCCAGUUCCAUUCCUGCACUACUUUGCACCGUAAGUGGACCGGCUCACUUCUUGCAGAGCUGUGCUUACUGGAUCUCACCUUCCUGGUUGGAUGGGGGUGUGCUGCUGGCUUUGGUUUACAUGUAACUGUAUACUCCAGGGUUUUUGUUCUAGCUUUGUGCCAGCUGACAAUGUGCUAGGUACUGGAUCUCUUUGUCUUCGGAAAGGAAGAUGUCAGAUACAAAACCUGUUAGUUUGGUGAAGACCCAAUAAAUCUGCAUUUGUUAUACAUGCUGCCUAAACCAGAAAGACUCAGUGUUAAAUAGGAAAAACACUUUGCACCCGAGGACACUUGGGCAAUUAAAUUUUCCAAAACUUUCCUAUUUAAUAUUUUUCAUACUUGUUUAAGCCUUGUUUGGCUGCUACAGAAUGUUUACUUUAUAAAUCUGGGAUCUUAUAAUUACCUUGCUGAAACUUUUGAUCAUUUACAAACCCAUGUACCUUUGAAGUGCUGUAAACUUGUCUCUGUGUACCGAACUCAAUCGUGUCUCCUCCAACGCUCCUGUGAAAGUCUGAAACCUUUCUUAUCAGCAGAUACAUUUGUUCUUUCAGCAGGAUCUUUCCCAUGGCUGAGAAAGUCUUUGGCACAAUGAUGGAUAGCAGUGCUAAUAUUUGAACUACAACAAGAAGAGAAUGUUUUCAGAAACCUUACGUACAGUGCUUAGAGUGUAAUUGAGUGAAACACUUGUGAUCUGGGCAAUUUUACAGUCACCUUCUGCACUGGUAACUCAAAAACACUUCCUGGUUUAUUGUGAAGUGGGCACUGAGCGAAAAGUAAGACAGAACAUCCCUUGCAAGGACAAAAGGCCUUGAUGAAAUCUAAAUAUUUGUUUUACCACUUACGCUGCACCAAUCCUCAAAAGUCCAGAAAAUUUAAAUUGUGUGACUAAGGAGGGAAAGGCUGUGAAUAAACUUUUCCAUCUCUCCUCUACUUGUUCCCUUUUCCA